CCUCGGGACAGAACACUGACCGGUGCCGGUUCGGAUCGCCGCGGAACAGCCAUUGCAGUCCGCCCUAUAUCCGGGACUAUGCGACUAAAUCUUUCCGGACCAUGCAAACUCGCAAUUACAGCGAGAUGAAGCUUACUCAGAUGGCUAGGGCUACCAGGAGUCUCAAGGUUCUGCCGAGACAAUUAGCCACGUCCCGUCCCAAUCCUCAGAUUUGUGACAAUUGAUAGAUAAACAAGUACCCCUGGCAAGAAAGCUCUCGGUGUCACUUUCGAGCAGACUUCUGACCAUAAUGAUCAAAUUUUUCGUCCUGCUUGUAGUCUAUGCAUCUUCCGUCGCAGCUUUUGCCUUCAAUUCUUACGAUGUCGGGUUCCAGGGACUGUACCCUCGUCGGCGCUUCCACACAGUCGACUUUGAGGCUCCCGCCCCGAAGAUAACACGAUGGGACUCUCGUUGCGACUAUAGCAGUUUGUUUAUUACACCGAGAGGUCCCUGGGUCUCCGGCGCAGCUCGAGGCCCGGCAAUCCUUGACGCGAAAGGGGGACUGAUCUGGAUGGACAACACGGAAUUUACCCAAUCGAUGAACCUCAACGUACAGAAGUACAAGGGGAAGGACUAUUUGACAUUCUGGUCGAAGCGCGUCAAGUCGAAGAGUGUAGUUAGGAAGGCCAAGCAGAGCGAAGGUUUUGCCAAGGUCAAGGAGCCGCGGAUCUCUUAUGUCAUGCUUGAUUCGUCCUACAAUGUCGCUUAUCGCAUUUAUCCUCAUGGCCAAGGUCUCAAAGGAGACUCGCACGAGCUCCGUAUCACUCCGCAAGGCACUGCGAUUAUACCUAUCUAUCACAAACGGCAGGUCGACUGCACCGAACUCGGUCUUGGCAAAAGCUGCUGGAUACAUGAUGGCCUUUUCCAGGAAAUAGACAUCGAAACGGGGAAGCUCAUCUUUGAAUGGCGCGCCACCGACCACAUCAAUAUGAAAGAUGUAUUCAGCAGCCCAAACGCCAAAGAUGGAUAUGGCACAUCCAAAAAAGAUGCUUUCGAUUUCUUUCACAUCAAUGCCGUGGACAAGAUCGAUUCUGGCGACUACAUCAUUUCGGCGCGCUACAUGCAUGCCAUUGUGUGUGUCAGCGGCGAGACAGGUGAGGUACUCUGGCAGCUCGGCGGUAAGAAGAACAGCUUCACGGAUCUCGACAAAGCUCUCGACUUCUCAUGGCAGCACCACGUCACAUGGCAGGGCAACAACACGAUCUCUUUAUACGACAACCAUGCCAACAGUGUAUUGCAUAGCCCAUCGAUGUACAGCAAGGGCAUGAUUGUACAUCUCAACCUCCAGAACAUGAGCGCAAGUCUCGAGCAGAAGUACGUGCACCCAGACAAGAUCCUUAGUGUGUCGCAAGGCUCAGUGCAAGUGAUUCCGGCAAGUGGGAAUGUCCUAGUCGGUUUUGGCAACUCGCCUGCCUUCGUUGAGUACACACGCGCUGGUCAGGUACUUUGCACGGCGCAGUUUGCGCCACAAGUCGCGUUUGAGCUGGUGGAUUUCGGUCUCGUCAAGUCCUACCGUGUGUUCAAGCAUGCGUGGGUAGGAAAACCUGCCACAAUUCCGAGCAUCAAAGUCAAAAAAGACAAGGUGUACGUGAGUUGGAAUGGUGCAACAGAGGUCAGAGGUUGGCGUCUAGAGACAGCCAAGAAGCGUGAAGGCAGAGCCGACGAAUUUGUGACUGUUCAGGAGUUGCGACGAGAAGGCUUCGAGACCUCCUUCACCCUGGAUCAAGCCACUGGAUAUGUCAGGAUUGCUGCUUUGGACACAGCACACAACGUGAUGGCGCAUUCGGACGCUGUUCGUGUCAACGGAAGAUCGAUGACUCUCAUUCGGUUGCUGCUGUUUGCUACGCUGGUUAUCUUGUGUCUUUGGGCUCUUCGACGCCAGAGAUGGAGGCUGUCUCGUGCGAUCGCGAAGCGCUGUCGUUUGACACUUGGGAAAGCUUCUACGUACGGCGCAUCUGGACUCAGGCUCAUCAGAGGGCGAAGGAAGAUAUGGACACCUGAUGAAGGUCGAACGCUUGAAGCAGAGCCUCUGCUGUACAUGGAAUAAUCUUGAAUGUUUUGAAUGACACGCUCCGCCGGCAAGCCACAAGAUAAGUGGCUCACAUCAUGUUUCGUUUGAGCUCGACCGAUCAGGGCAAGUGACGACCUGGUCAGUCAAAGUUUUAGACCCGCGACAAGUGUCGUUGUCGAUGGUCUGUCGUUCGUACCACUGUCAUUGUGCAUAUCAGCGAUGCUACCUUGAGCGUUUCAACUUGUAUCGGCAACAGAUGAUUCUUGCCAUUACAUGCAUCCGCGUCGCAAUCUUGCCGUCUAUCUUCCGGACUGAGGGAUUCUUCAACUCCUUGGCAAC